AGGCAACCUCGGCAAUAAGAUAAUCACAAAACAAUAUUGUUCAAGGUGGCGUUUAAACUUGAUCGCCACUGGCUUACCUCAACCGGUUUAGUCCGUUGAGGACUUGGGUAUCUAGUCCGGCGCUCCAAACACCAUGCACUGUUGCAGCCUGUGUUUUAGGGCUCCUUUGACGGGUAGACCAUGUUAAAUUCCCCAGCCCAUAAAAUACCAAAAUUGUAUGUGCAUGGGAUUGUUCACAUCAACACUAGUGCACGCCUUUCCGGCAAGGGUUUGCUGUUUAGUGCUUUCUGGCUUUCUGUUUCGUCUGACCUUUUUCUAAACUUUAUUUUGGCGGAGUAUUUUUUCGUUUCCCUGUGUUGUGUCCAGGUCGAUGUGGAGCUGGCACGUCAGAUUGCUGGCUCCAAAGUUGAGGGAUGAGGAAAUGCAGAAGAAGCUCUGGUUGAAGGUGGCACAGCAUGUUAUCAGGAAGGAGAACGACAUUGCAAAGUAGUUACAACAGCUCUUUUUAACCAAGCCCGCAAGGAUCCACAAUAUUACAUAGACAUUUCGUCCAAGAGAAGACAGAUCAACGUAGAGAGUGUCGACAUAGUAAUGAACAAAGUCACUGAUGCAGUACUUUUAUAUUCGGGAAUUAACAGCUUUAAUGCAUUUACCAUAGAUGCACUUGUAUUUUUAAUUACACUGCACUUUGCAGAGCUAUGAAAUUCUUGAAAGAUUGCAGUAUCCUCAAGAUUGAAGAUAUUCUUCCCUUCUUUCCGGACUUUGCUACCAUUGAUCACUUCAAAGAUGCUAUCUGCACAUCUCUGAGUGAGUACAACGCCCACAUUGAGGAGUUGAAACAGGAGAUGCAAGGAGCAACUGAUAGUGCCAAGAACAUUAGAGCCGACAUUCAGGAGAUUAGGAACAAGUAUGUGAUGGUUAACUCAGACACUACAUGCGAGCUCUGUGGCUCCAGACUUCUCGUUCAAGGGUUCUACAUGUUCCCGUGUCACCAUGCCUUCCACAAAGAUUGCCUCAUUCCAGAGGUCAUGCGUCACAUGAGCAGUGAAGAAUGCUCAGAGCUGGAGAGACUGCUGAGCGAGGAGAGCUCUGGCAGCAGAGAGGGGGCAACAGCCAUGGCACGCAGCUCCACAAAGGCCAAAAUAGACAGUAUGCUGGGCUCCCAGUGCCUCUACUGUGGUGAUGUCAUGAUCAUGUCAGUCAGUCAACCACUUGUCCCACCAGAGAACCUUGAAAAAGAACUACUUAAUUGGAAAUGAGUGUUUGGAAAUUGAGUGUUUUGCAUGUGCCGAUUGCCAAUAGUUCCAUACUGGUUUGCAAGCACCAAAACGUGUUUUUGCAGCCUAUUUAUGGAUAUGAGACUAGCAAUGAUCAAAAUGGCACAUUUGAAUGGUUAUGUACUAUUAUAGGCAGAAGGAGGUUAUGCAGAACCAUUUUUGUGCCACUGUGUAUUAGAGGCACACGA